AUGGAAAACACUGAACCAGCGUCGCUUACGAGUCGGGUGGGGGUGGAUGAUGCAGAGAAGAAACAGCGGCGCAAACUUCAGAACAGACUCAACCAACGAGCGCGCAGCAACGCUCUGACGUCGGCAGGAAGUCGUAUGUGUAAUGAUGAUCAAUCAAAGGCUCGUACCAAACACCAGGAUCCGGGCUCCGGAGUCAAGCUGUGGAGGUUAGACGAAUUCGACUUGGAAAAAAAGCCUGCGUCGCCAAGGCAUGCUAAGACAAGCAAAAGUCACACAGUCAUCCUCGAACCAGACCGCCGGUUCUUUUUGACAAGUAUAUACAGUGGCACGCUUAGUGCCACUGACGUGGAGCUGUACAGCCAACAGCUAGACAUCCAAAAACGUCUCGCUUCAGCUUCGCAGCUAGCAUGCCCUCUUUCAGACCACUUGCUCUAUCUUAUCAACUACAAUGCGUUCAGAGGACUGUUUUUCAACAAGGUCACUCUCAGCAAACUGGUACACCAUCUUGCUGUGGGACCGGACCGAACUGAAAAGUUGGAUAUUAUGCUGGGUCUUAAGAAGGAUGCUAUCUGCGUCGCAUUGGGCCAGGACGUGCCACCCCAUCUUCAGCCAACGCGAUUGCAGUCAGAAAUAGUUCAUCCGAACUGGAUCGAUCUUGUACCAAUUCCGAAAAUGAGAAACAACCUCAUCAUGAGCCAAGAUCAUUUCAACCAUCGUCUAUUCGUCAACGACGUGAUAGGGAAUUUGUUGGAGGACGUCAUGAUUAACAAGUACGGAGAAGGUACUGGACCCAGAAGCCGUUUGAAGUUGAAAGGCAAGUCUAGUGACUUUGCUUCAGAUAGGAGUGGUAUGAUUGUUUGGGGAGAACCACAUCGGAUGGAGAAUUGGGAGGUCACGGCUGAGUUUCUACAGAGAUGGGGCUGGGCUAUGGAAGGGUGUCAUGAGCUGAUGAGGGCGACUAAUCAGUGGAGAGCGGCCGAAAAUGCAGAGUCGCAGUCGAUGGGCCUGGUGUAUCGUAUCAAUGACAUCAACCAUCAUCAUGACGACGGUAUUUUGGCUGGUAUAAUGUCGUCAUUAUACCAGCCUCUCCAUAGCCGAACUCACGACUACAUCAAUUCUUUUUUCACUUUUGAAUCUCAAUUCGCACCACAUAACUCACGAAUCGAAACCUCGAGCCUUACUCAGUUUCUCUACGUCCAACAUUCGCAUUUACAAGUAAAAAUGACCAUCGCACGCCAAUCUCUCUCCUCUCUCCGACGUCUCCCAACUGUCACAUCCGCUCUACGAGCCAAGCCAACAUAUGGCCCAUAUACCUCAAUUCGCAUGGAGUCAGGCAAGGUCAAAAACCCUGUCUCGGAAAGCCCCAAUGACGCCAAGGACGGCGCCGACCAUACCGACGGUGCUAUGGCUUCGCUCAAGGGCGCGCCAGGCAAGGGCGAUGCAUCGUCUUUUGAGAAUCAGAACUUGACCGAGAAAGAGAAGAAGACCAAUAGCCAGAAUGCGCAGGCGAACGAUAGUAAGGAGGGAAUCAAGGGCGAGGCUGGAGAGUUCAAGAAGUCGGGAAGAAAGCCCAAGCCUUAG